UAUGUGCAUCACAAUAUCCACCCACGAGUUCUUCUUCUUUCAUUCUCAAUUCUCUACCAAUUUCUCUUCUUUUCUUUUCUUUUCUUCUUUUCUUUUUUUCUUUUUUUUUCUUUAAUUUGUUUGAAAACGAAAACAUUGAUCGAUCCAGAAGUUUGUUUGACUUUCGUGUUGGGAAGAUCGAUUCAUCGGAAGAUUUUUCAUAAGUGUGUUUUGGUUUAUUGUAUGUGAGGGGGAAAGGGAGGGAUGAGUUGAAGCAUUAGAUCAUUUUGAAGAUCUGGGUCUUUUUGAAAGAGACCUAGUUCUAGGGAUUUUGAGCGAUUGGAUCUGAUUUUUGCUGAAAUCGAUCGAGAAUGGGAGUGGAUUAUUACAAUAUAUUGAAGGUGAACAGGAACGCCAAUGACGAUGAUCUCAAGAAGGCGUAUAGAAAAUUGGCUAUGAAAUGGCAUCCUGAUAAAAACCCCAACAACAAGAAAGAAGCUGAAACCAAAUUCAAGCAGAUCUCCGAGGCCUAUGAGGUGUUGAGCGAUCCCCAGAAGAAGGCUAUUUAUGAUCAAUAUGGUGAAGAAGGGUUGAAAGACAUGCCACCACCAGGCAGUGGAGGCUUCCCAUUUGGGAACGGCGGUGGAGGAGGGUCGAGCGGGUUUAAUCCGAGGAAUGCAGAGGAUAUAUUUGCAGAAUUUUUUGGGAGCAGCCCUUUCGGAUUUGGUUCAUCAGGACCAGGAAAGUCUAUGAGGUACCAAUCAGAGGGAAUUUUUGGGGGAUUCGGUGGAAGCGAAAAUAUUUUUAGAACAUAUAGUGAAAAUGUAACACCAAAGAAACCUGCACCGGUUGAGAGCAAAUUGCCUUGUACUCUUGAAGAACUGUAUUCAGGAUCAACAAGGAAAAUGAAGAUUUCAAGAACAGUUGUUGAUGCAAACGGACGACAAGUUCCCGAGACAGAGAUAUUGACCAUCGAUGUGAAGCCCGGUUGGAAGAAAGGGACCAAAAUCACCUUCCCAGAUAAAGGAAAUGAACAACCAAACCAACUACCUGCAGAUCUAGUAUUUGUCAUUGAUGAGAAGCCUCAUGAUGUUUUCAAAAGAGAUGGUAAUGAUAUCAUUAUGAACCAUAGGGUGACACUAGCCGAAGCAUUGGGUGGAACCACUAUAAAUCUCACCACGCUUGAUGGUCGUAGCUUAUCAAUACCCGUAAUAGACAUUGUUAGCCCAGGCUACGAGCUCGUGAUUGCCAGAGAAGGAAUGCCAAUUGUAAGAGAGCCAGGUAACCGAGGUGAUUUAAGGAUCAAAUUCGACGUAAAAUUUCCAACAAGAUUAACACCCGAGCAACGAGCUGGACUCAAACGUGCAUUGGGAGGAUAAUGAAGAAAAAAAGAACAAUAAAAUCUUAUUGGUGAUCACUUAAUCUGCCAAAAGCAAAAACUAUUUGCCAAUGGAUUGUUGAAACAGUAGGGUCAAUAAAACCAUAUGCCCUCAUAAAUUUAGAUUCCCACUCUUGUAACUUACCCAUAAAUUGUUCUUUUAUUUGUAAGCUGUGUAACAUUCUGUUUUUCCCAGUUAGUCCUUGUAUUUACUGUUCAAUAAUUUUCCUAUUGUUCUUUCAUUUGUUUAAAAA